AUGGCUAAGGCUAACAAAAAGGCUAGAACAAGGAAUUAUGAAUACUCUCAACAAAGGUCGAGCAGUGGAAAUCUCUCACAGUUUCAGCAGAGGUCCACAUCCCCAACACCUUCACCAGCUAGCGCUCCGUCCCACAGGUUUCGACAGGAUUAUAAAGGUAGGGCAUCCAGCUCUAAGUCACAGGGGAGUGCUUCAGGUAAUCAAACUUUUCCAACUUGCCCAAAGUGUGGUAAAAACCAUCCGGAUGACUGUCUUGCUGACAGAGAUCGGUGCUUCUGUUGUGGUCAGUUUGGUCAUAGGUUGAAGGAUUGCCAGGUAACAUUAACAGGACUCAGUCUACUACUUCAGCAAUGCCAACAGGUCGCCCUAAUCAUCAGGGUGCCUCGUCUGGUACAGGUGGCAGUCAGUGCUAGAACAGGUUAUAUGCUCUCCAAGCUCGCCAGGACUAGGAAGAUUCUCCUUAUGUGGUCACGGGGUCGGCUUAGGUUUUGUGUUGAUGCAGCGAGAACAUUGGUGUGUUUUCGAUCGAGGCGUUCAUCGUUUGGUGGAAGCAAAUCUGUGGUUACUAGGUUUGGUGGGUACUCUGGUGAGUUUUACGGUGCCGGUGGGAGCAACAAUGGAAGAUCUACCAUGAAUAACAACUCCCAAAGGCCUUAUUCUUCACUACUAUCGGGUAUUUUGCCUGACCUGGUUAUAGAGAUCGUUCAUCAAGGGAGACCCAAUUUGAUGGGGAAGCAAUCUCUUGCGGAGUUUCAACAACAACAACAAUUGCAGUUUCUACAACUUCAACAGCAGCAGCAGCAACAACAAAUGAUGCUAUUUCAACAACAACAACAACAACAAUAG